UUGUGUAUUGUGUACUCACGGCAUGAUAUCGAUGAUAUUGUCUUUUGUUGUAGCGGUGGCGUCAUCAUUUACUUCGACCGCAUAGAGGUCGUGAACAUUCUGACGUCGUCGAGUGUCCCAUCCUGUUUAGUGUACGAUAUUGUCAAGAACUACACGGUCGACUACGACAAGCCGCUGAUCUUCAACAAGGUGCAUCACGAAAUGAACCAGUUUUGCAGUGUUCACUCUUUACAAGAGGUUUAUAUUGACCUCUUUGGUAAGCGAAUCUGUUUUUCCUGUUUUUUAGGAAUAAUUAAUUCUAUGUAACU